AUGUCGGAUUUCUACGUGCGUACUGGGCACCAAGGACGGCACGGCCACGAGUUCCUAGAGUUCGAGUACAACCGCGGACGCUUGCGCUACGCCAACAACAGCAACUAUCGCAAUGACAGCUUGAUCCGCAAAGAGAUGUGGAUUAGCCCGCUGAUGAUCCAGGAGCUGCGGCGCAUCGUCGAAGAGAGCGAGAUCGUCAAGUACGUGUGCUACGCCUUCACUAACCGCAGGGAGGACGACGCAAAGUGGCCCAAGAAGAAUGUCGUCGGGCGCCAGGAGCUCGAGAUCCGGCUUGGCAAGGACCACAUUUCCUUCGAGACGUCCAAGAUUGGCUCGCUGGUCGAGGUGCAAGAAAGCGACGACCCCGAAGGGCUGCGUGUGAUGUACUACCUGAUCCAGGACCUCAAGUGCCUCAUCUUUAGCCUGAUUUCGCUCAAUUUCAAAAUCAAGCCGAUCAGCGUUUGA